AUGCCAAAAAGAUCAGAGCAGGAACAGCGGCUUCUGGAGAUGCUGAACGCGCGCGGGAACCACAACCGGUGUGGCGAGUGCGGGGCGUCGUAUCCGACGUGGGCGUCGUGGAAUUUGGGUGUUUUUCUGUGCGGACGGUGUGCGUCUAUCCACCGGACUUUUGGUCCCGACAUCUCCCAGGUCAAGUCUUUAAGUCUGGAUAAUUGGAGCUCGCAGGAACUGGACAUGCUGGAAUCGCUCGGAAACAAGGAAAACCACCGGCUGUGGAACAAUCGCAAGGAGCCGUUCCCGUACGACGACGACGAUAAGGACGCCAUUACGCUGUUUUUGCGCGACAAGUACAUCCGCGGUAAGUUUCGCACGACUCCCAUCGACCCAAGCGACUACAACUUGCGGUCCGAGUCGAGAAGACACAGAAGAAGGGGCCAUUCCGUCGGCUCUGUGAAUUCUGGACAUUCUGGCUAUUCUGCCUACUCGGGAGGCUCAGGGUACAAGAACUCGCGAGGAACAAGUCCGCGUCGGCGCAGGUACGUGGACCUUUCGCGGAAACUGAAAUACGAUUACGGGUUUGAGGACGAGGAACGGAAUCUUGAUGCUCUAGAAAGAACGCACGGAGACGUUAGGCGUGCGGCCAAUCUUUUGGAGAAAGAGACGAGAGAAGAGGCUCCGCCGCCACUUCCAAGACGCAAGUCCGCUUCGGGUGCCUUGUUGGACGCCACGAAAACAGGAGCCAACGAUUUCGACUGGUUGAGCGGAGACCAGCCAGUGCAACAGGCCGUUGCACAGCCGGGAGUUUCGGACGUGCAAAUCUAUCAGUAUGUGGACCCAAACACCGGCCAAGUGUACUAUAUUGACUCGAACGGGCAACAAUACAUUGACCCGAGCCAGGCAGAGGCAGAGGCCCAGAUGCAAAUGCAGAUGCAGAUGCAACAGAUGCAACAGAUGCAAAUGGCCCAACAACGACAGGUGGCCAACGCCCAGGUGAUGUCCAUGUAUAACCAGCCGACGGGGCAGCCGGGGCAGGGAUUCUAUUAA